AUGAUAUUACAUACAGUGAUCAGCUUACCUCAAAUUAAUCUUCAUCUGACAGAUUCAAUUGAGGAAACCGAUAGUGAUCAUGCAUUACAACAUAACUGCUUGUACGUUACUAUUCCUACUAAAAAUACGAAUGAUUCUCGUCAGAUUAUGUUCUAUUGUUUGAGUGAAUGGCCAUCAAAAUGGAAUAUACAGAAGAAUAAUCGUGAUCGUAUGUUUACUUUCGAAAUGCUCUAUCAACAAGGUAUUACUAGUUGGGAACUAUACACUUGGUCAGCGCCAAUGGACGUAGUUGAACGCUAUGAGUACUAUAUUCAACAUGUUAAAAUAUCAAAUAUCACAUCAAUGGCUGCACAUCUCUUUUACAAUUGCACAGGGCCUAGAUUUGGCCCCAUGUGUCAAUAUAGUUUCAAUGACUACGAACCUUAUCAUUCAACGUUGACUGAAAUCGUCGAUUAUUCCUUUAUGCAAAGAUCUGAAUUGACAACAUUGACAUGUUAUAUUCAUCUACAGUGUAAUCGUGGUGCCAUAAUGGCAUGUCUUGAUUGGAGUGAAAUUUGUGAUGGAAAAAUUGAUUGUAUUGAUGGUGGGCGGGAUGAAGAAAAUUGUUGGCAACUUGAAAUCAACGAAUGUGGAAAUGAUGAAUAUCGAUGCGUAAAUGGGCAAUGCAUACCCAAGAGAUUCUUUCAUGAUGAUCCUUCUAUUCCCGACUGCCUCGAUAGAACCGAUGAGCUUAGUUCAACUCACAUAUUAGCUAAAAAAUGUAUUACGGCACAGCCAACUUUUACAUGCGAAGAUGGUGUUUGCCCAACAGGCGAUACUGACUUCGGCAAACCUUUCUCAAACUUUUGCUCAAAAAAUCGACUGGCCUUAAUUUUGGAAGCUAUACUGUUGGAGAAACCAAAUACAGUCAAGGACAUUUGCUGGUCAACCUUUUUAUGCGUUCUUCAUGUUAAGGAUAUCUUUAGCCCUGAAUGUUUUAAAUGUCGUCAUCAUGGCACCUGUAAGAAAAUCAUCGAAGCAUCUUGCCCUGGUCUUAUGCUCAUCCCAAACAGCCCCAUUUUCUUUGGCAAUAUCUAUUUUGCCUAUACGAAUAAUGAAUCUAAAGAGAUGAUGUAUGAAACACAACCACCACAAUACAUUUGCUACAGAGAGCCUAUAUUCCAAGAAUAUUUUGCAAAUACUUCAUCGGUGCCAUUUAAUAAUCUUACAUGUCAUCAUCAUGACCAAUUUAAGAUAGACUACUUCCUAGGAAUAGGUUCUUGGAAAGAUUUAGUUUUUGAAACUGCGUUCGAAUAUUUUUGGCCAUACAAUCCAACAGCUAUUACCGAUUCGGUACUUUGUAAUAAACCUAACAUGUAUCAAUGUUUAAAUUCAACUAAGUGUAUUUCGAAAGAUCGUCUCAACGAUAAAAUAAUAGAUUGUUAUUAUGCUGACGAUGAAGGCAGUGGACUAGUCAAUAAUAUUUGUUUGAAUGCAAAAUAUUUUAAAUGUGAGGCAACAAAAAAAUGCAUUUCUAAUCGUUUCGUCGAAGAUGGUAUGUGCGAUUGUCCAUUCUAUGACAAAAGUAUCUGCGUAGAUGAAUCUCUUGACAUCGAUAUAUCACAACGUCACAUUUCAUUUCAGACAAUAUGUGAUGGUUUCACUGAACUGUUACCGAUUACUAUUGAUGGCGCAAAUGAAACAGACGAAACCAACUGUGAAGGAUAUCCAUGCAAUAAUACGUACACACGAUGCAACGGCAUAUGGAAUUGUUAUAAUGGAGCCGACGAAGUCGAUUGCGAUUCUUCGCCAUUAAUCCAAUGUAGUCGUCACCAUCAUAUUUGUGUAUUACCUGAUACAAAUCAACUUACAUGUUUACCAAUCACACGAGCCAAUGAUGGAAAAGUAGAUUGUCUAGGUGGUACUGAUGAACCAAAGCUUUGCCGAUCAUAUCAUACUGAUCAUGUGCAAGAUAAAUUUUAUUGUAGAAAUGACACCGAAAAUAUCUGCAUACGUUCCAUUUUGCUAUGUGACUCACUAACACAAUGCAGACUGCGAGAGGAUGAACAAUUUUGCUAUCACAAACCCAUUAUUCUGCUACCUGAUGCUCCAAACUUAGAUGAAUUUAAACCAUUGAAUAGUGAUGCUCAAGAUUUUUUUCGUAAACAUUUCAGUAACACACCUAAACGUCAUAUAGUACACUUUUCCCUUGGUAAACAACAAAAAUCAACCACUACAAUCAAACAAGAUGAUCAAAUGAUAUCAAUCACGUCAUCAGCAACAGAUCGAACUUUCGUUAAACGUGAACAACGAUGUCAUCGUGGUAUUGAAUUGACGGUUUGGUUAGAUGAUGAAAAAAAUUUAACUACAAGUACAUGUCUUUGUCCACCGAGUUUCUAUGGUGAUCGAUGUCAAUAUCAAAAUCAACGUGUUAGUCUCACAUUAACAUUUGCAGCUUUUCCCGACUCUUGGCGAAUACCAUUUCUAUUUCUUAUCAUGCUUAUUGACAAUACUCAUGAACGAACAAUUCAUACAUAUGAACAGUUGACGUAUCUACCCGUGCAUGACUGUAGAAUAAAAUACGGUAUUUACUUACUCUAUUCCAUACGGCCAAAAGAAUUAGAACCGACGCAAUAUUCAAUACACAUCGAUAUAUUUGAAAAGAUUUCAUUAAAAUAUCGAGGAAGCUGGUUGGUACCGCUGAAUUAUUCAUUUCUACCUGUACAUCGUAUUGCUACAGAAUUAACAAUACCCCGUGAAAAGAAUGGACUUGACACUUGUUUGGAUAAGAAUUGUAUUCACGGUGGAUGUGUCACAUAUGCAAAUAGUCUCGUUGGUAAAUCGUUCUGUCGAUGCCAUCAAGGUUGGUCUGGUUGGUACUGUACGAUUCCAUAUGACUGUACAUGUUCCUCAGAUUCAUUAUGCAUUGGGAAGGCAGCUAAUAAACGACCGGUUUGCAUUUGUCCUGUCGAAAAGUUUGGUUCUCGAUGUUUGCUUGGUAAUUUAGCACAUGAUAUAGAUCAAAAUAGCACAUGCCAAAAUGGUGGUCAAUAUAUACCCUUGAAUGGAAACAAUGCACUCGAAAGAAAGUUCAUAUGUGUUUGUCGUAAAGGUUUUACUGGGAAUCAAUGUGAAAGGGUUGGUUCAAAGAUUAUCAUAACAUUUCAUAAAGAUAUUGUUUUACCAGAAUCAAUGCUUGUGCAUUUCAUUGAAGUAAUCGAGAAUGAGCAACCGAAUAUUGCAACGACAUUCGCAACGAUUCCGAUAUGGACACGAACCACAGGUUUACUUUGGUCACGCCCAUUUCACAUUGUUUUUGUUGAACUAAGUAAGAAGUAUUAUCUAAGUAUUAUUCAAACGGCAUAUAAUCGAUCGAUGACACAUAUAAAAACUAUUGAACCAUCCGAUCGCUGUGUACAUAUUAGUGAAUUAUUUCAUCAGACGGUCGUUCGAUCGCACAUGCUCCGUCGUAUCAAGCUCUAUCAUGUUCCAUGUCAAAAUCGCUCUACUCAUCUCUCUUGUUUCUAUGAUGAAGCACACUUAUGUAUAUGUGAUAGCUUUGGUGAUCAAAGAUUGGCUAAUUGCUUUGAAUUUAAUCAUCAGAUGAAACUGGAUUGUUUUGGUCAAAAUUCAUGUCAAAAUGGUGCCGAAUGUUUUCAAGAUAAUCGGAUUUGUCCACAAGCAUCAAUGUGUGUUUGCCCUCGAUGCUUCUAUGGAGCUCGAUGCCAAUUCAGUACACAUGGUUUCAGUUUGUCGCUCGAUGCUAUUUUGAGUUAUCAUAUUCGGCCGGGCACUAGUAUUCUUAAUCAACCAACAGCUGUACAAGUAAGCAUAGUGGUGUCCACCGCAAUGAUCUUGAUAGGAUCUAUAAAUGGUAUUCUUUCUCUAAUUACAUUUCGAAAUCAAACAAUACUAAAGUUUAGUAGCGGCUUCUAUCUCUUAUGCUCAUCGAUAACAACUUUAAUCACGGUUAUCAUUUGGACUCUUAAGUUUUGGAUACUUAUUGCGAUACAAACAGGAUUGAUCUCAAAUCAAUCAUUCUUAUAUGUACAAUGUGUUUUAAUCGAUUUUUUCUUACAAAUUGGCCUAAAUAUGAAUCAAUGGUUUAAUGCAUGUAUAGCCACGGAUCGAGCAAUAAUUACAAUGAAAGGUAUUAAUUUCGAUCAAAAGAAGAGUAAGAAAAUGGCUAAAUACAUUAUUAUUGGUCUGUUUAUAUUCACAAUCAUGACAAGCAUACACGAUCCUAUUCAUCGACGUUUGAUUGACGAUGAGAAUGAUUAUGAAAAACGAAUCUGGUGUACCUUAGCAUAUUCGCGAGGUUUGAAAAAGUUCGAUUUGAUUAUGAAUAUUUUUCACUUUAUCAUACCAUUUAUAAUGAAUUUUGUAUCGGCUUUAUUGAUUAUUAUCAUAACGACUAAAAAGCGUAUUAACGCUCGAACAGAUCUAUCUUACGAACAGACCUUGUAUCAACAAUUCCUGCAACAUUAUAACCUUUUGGUUGCUCCAUGUGUUUUGGUUCUAAUUGCUAUACCACGAGCAAUUCUUUCAUUUGUUUCGGGGUGUAUGAAUACUCCUCGAGAAUACUGGUUAUUUCUUAUUGGAUACUUUAUUUCAUUCAUCCCUCUGCUUCUUGGUUUUAUCUUAUUUGUUCUGCCAUCGAAGAUUUAUAAGGAAGAGUUUCGCAAAACUGUUACACGAUACGGCAAGUUCCUUCAAUCAUACCGGAACCGUCUCUUCCAUUGA